UCAGUAGCUGGAGGUUACAACCGUCAACCGAGCUCAUACGAGAGUCGUCAACGCAUCAUCCCCUACCUCACUUCCCGGCACCAGCACUCCACCCGAAAUAUCCACCAGCCUGUCAAGUAACGGAAAGCGAAUCUUUUGUUACUAUCGUUGCGUGACUUUCAGGGCUGAGAUUGAUUACCUGUCUCGACAUAUCAACAUCUCAACUCAGCCCGGUCUUCUUAAGCUCCACCACCUAUUGCUAUCGAAGAAAUCCGGUCCCUGGUUCAUAGAACGUGCAUUUCACUGCCACUCAGCAAAAUGGCGCCUGGGGAAGGAUUGCAUGUCGACAAGACUAAGAUCAAGGAGGCGUUUGAUAUCUCUCACUUUGACAUAAACACCGUCAUUCGCGGCGCUCAGCUCACCCUGGUUGGAGCCCAUCGAGCCCUUCAGAAUCCCGCCUUAUUCACCAACGAUCACUACCGCCAGGUUGCAAUAGCCGUCGUGGCCGGUAUUGUCAUCCGGCUCGUCAUCGCCAUCCCCAUUUUUGGGAUCAAGAUAUUCAUCUGGUUUACUUCACUAUUCGUCUCGCUCGACUCCGUGACUUGGGAUGACAGCAUCGUCAACAGCCUCGAUUUUAUUGCUGAAUAUGUCCUCCAAGUCCCCUUCUUCCUCAUGGCCCUCAUGCGUUACGUAGUCCCGACACUGGACAACCUGUUCAUGCAGUCACUGCAAUGGGUAGACGCGACUUAUGUCCAGAAGCACAAGGAUGAAAACCCCUCCGACCUUCGAGACAUGUUCUAUCCUAAUCUCAAAAUGUACCGCGCAUUCGAUGGAAGCACUCAUUCCGAGAGCACCGCUCAGGCCGUAACCAUGUUUCUGUAUCGCUUCGUCCGUAAGGGCCUCAUCUCACUUGCUGUUUUCUCCCUGUCAUUCACGCCGGUCAUUGGCCGUUUUGUCCUUCCCGCUGCGAGUUUCUACACCUUCAACACCGCGGUUGGCUUAGGUCCUGCUUCGGUCAUUUUUGGAACUGGUCUGUUCCUCCCUCGACGCUACCUCGUCAUUUUCCUACAAACCUAUUUCUCUUCUAGAAGUCUGAUGCGAGAGCUUCUCGAGCCCUAUUUUGCACGAGUCCAUCUCACAAAGGAGCAGAAGCGCAACUGGUUCCGCAGUCGAGAAGGUGUCCUCUUCGGCUUUGGUUUGGGCUUUUAUAUCCUUGUCAAAAUCCCCCUUGUUGGCGUCCUCGUCUAUGGAAUUGCCGAGGCUUCCACUGCUUAUUUGAUCACCAAGAUCACCGACCCUCCCCCUCACCCUGACCAAAUGAAGGAGUAUGCGGCCAGCCAGCAAACAUGGACGAACAAGCACGAGUUUCUAGAUUUAUCCUUGGCAAACAUCGAUUCCCUGCAUAAGUCCAAGGCUUCGGGUAAGGACAAAUGAUGUCCUUCUGUCCAUGUCCAGUAGAGCUCCAAGGGUCUGACAAGAGGCGCCAACAACAAUUAUUCGAGUGUGGAAUGAAAGAAAGGACUAAAUCCACAUUCAAAGCACAUUGAGAUCGAGCAGCGAGUUCAGGGACAGAGACAAACGCAGGAAUACAAUUAAAAUGCAUGGCCGCGACGAGCAAGAGGAAGAACAUUUAUCAUGGGAAUCAGAGAUUGAGGAACGGCACUAUGAGCAAAAUCUCACUU